CCUAAGCCCCAAAAUCUUCCAUAGUUGCCGAUCAGACCAGCCAUGGCUCAAGAGCAGCUCGUCCUUGGCGGCACCCUGCGCGGCCACACCGACUGGAUCACCGCAAUCGCCAUUCCCAUCGACAAUGCCGACAUGAUCGUCACGUCCUCCCGUGACAGAUCCCUCAUCGUCUGGUCUCUCACCAAAGAGGACAGAGACUACGGCGUCCCCCGCCGCCGCCUCGCCGGCCACAAACAUUUUGUGCAGGACGUAGUCCUCUCGUCCGACAGCCAAUUCGCGCUCUCCGCCUCCUGGGACGGCGAGCUCCGCCUCUGGGACUUGCAAACCGGAAACACCUGUCGCCGGUUCGUCGGCCAUACCAGAGACGUUCUCUCCGUCGCCUUUUCUGCCGACAAUCGUCAGAUUGUGUCGGCGUCUCGGGACAAGACAAUCAAGCUCUGGAACACGCUCGGUGAAUGCAAAUACACCAUUCAGGACGUGGGUGCGCACACCGAUUGGGUUUCCUGCGUCAGAUUUGCUCCGCAUGCGCAAGAACCGACGAUUAUUUCCGGCUCAUGGGAUAGAACUGUGAAGAUUUGGCAUUUGGCCACCUGUACGGUGCGGUCGACUCUAUCCGGCCACAGUGCCUAUGUGAACACGGUGGCUGUUUCUCGGGACGGCUCGUUGUGCGCUAGUGGCGGGAAAGAUGGGAUGAUACUGCUCUGGGAUUUGGCUGAGGAUAAGAAGCUCUAUUCUCUGGAUGCUGGAUCCAUCAUCCACGCCCUCUGCUUCAGCCCUAAUAGGUAUUGGCUGUCCGCCGCCACUGAAUCCGGAAUUAAGAUUUGGGAUUUGGAAAGCAAGAGCUUGGUGGUGGAUCUGAAUGUUGAUUUGAAGCAGGAGUGUGAAAUGGACGCCGAAGAGGCCGUCCAGACAUCUGCAGUGAAGAUCAAGGUGAUAUACUGCACUUGUCUCAAUUGGAGUGCCGAUGGAAGCACCCUGUUCAGUGGUUACACAGACGGUGUUGUCCGAGUUUGGACCAUUGGCCGAUACUAAAAUGGCGUGACACUGGUUUCAAAUAAUCUCCUAUUAGGUUUAGGAGCAAUUUUGUAGUUUUUAGUUCGAAUGCUGAAAAGUUUUGAUUAAUUUAUAGUUUUGGCUUUUUGUGUUAAUAAAUUCUUUUGA